CACCAUUAGACUCUCUUCUUUUCUCGAAAACGUCUCACCCAAGGGUGCUGAACAGCUCGCGCACCCCCCGCCCCCACUUAAGCAUCCUAUCGUGACCCCACUCCCUGCCGUCGUUCAGUAGCUCUCCUCCCUUACUGCCAUCGACCUAAUUUGCGCAUUUUACUAGUUAGUUAGGGCCCCUUUAGGUCAGGACACCGGAACUGUAGUUAGGGUUUCUAGUCGCGUGUGUCGCUUUUGACGCGUAGUCACGGCGAGAUCUGGCGUUGCCACGUCGAUCACUCCUUCGCGUAUCGACUUAAUACCUCGUAUCGCGCUGCCGUCGUGCCGCGUCCUACUUGACCGUCUCUCUACGCUGUAGAAGACCUUUCUUCGGUUCCUCUCUCGCUGCAGUCUCGUGUUGAGGCGCUUCGAAACCACUCUGGUCGCACUACACGCUCCUCCCAUCUCUCCCCUCUCGUCUCUCUCGUCUCUCUUUUCCGGCUGUCGGCUCUCAGCUCUUUCCGCGCGCGACUGUGCCGUCUGCGCCUUGACUUGAAACCGGUGUCGGCACGAUGAUGUCGUCGUCGCAGCUGCGACUCAUGUCGGACCUUAAAGCCAUCCGCCAGGAGCCUCCGGAGGGGUGCAGCGCGAGUCCGCAGAGCGAAGAGAAUCUCUUUGUAUGGAGUGCCACCAUCUUCGGCCCGGACGAAUCGCCGUGGGAGGGUGGCAUCUUCUCCCUGCGGCUCAUAUUCAGCGAGCAGUAUCCGGAGAAGCCCCCCCGUGUGCGGUUCACCUCAGAAAUGUUCCACCCCAACGUGUACAACGACGGCACGCUGUGCAUGGACAUCAUCCAGGACGCAUGGUCGCCGUGCCACAACAUCUGCACCAUCCUCACCUCCAUCCAGUCGCUGCUGACUGACCCAAACCCUGCCAGCCCAGCCAAUGCGGACGCUGCUCAGCUCUUUUCCAACGAUAUCACAGCUUACAACAGGAGAGUGAGGCAGUGCGUGCGCAAGUCCCUGGAUGACAUGCAAUGACCCACGCUGGGCACCACGUGUGCCACGGGCCAUGAGUCGUGUGCUUAGCAUCAUGCGGCAUGUGUUGCGUGUCAUGUCAUGUUGGUGUGUGUGGCAUGCCUUGCCCCAUGCCAUGCAGCAGUCAUUGUGCCGCCUGUGUGUGUGUGCGCGCGCCAUCAUCCAUAGCACCCGGUGCCAUGUGUACACAUGUCUUGAGACACGGCUUGGAGUCGUUUCUAGGGAGGCAACUGGAGGGGGAGGGGGAGGGGGAGAGCAUUGGACAAAGGGCUGAAGGGACAGGAGGAUACAGGAGGGAUCAGGUGUAGAGGGAUAAGGAGCAGCAUGUAGGUCAGAGGGAGUGUGUGAUAGGUAGGCUGGUAGAAGAUAAAGCAGAUACUACACCGAUGCCAACAGCCUGUGCAGCGCAGGGGCAGAGAGGGAGGCUUUUUCUAUUCUGACCUCAGGUGCUGCUGCUGUGGGUGGUGGUGAGGUGACAUACCGUAUGUAUGCAUGCAUGCAGCAGACAGCCUGUCUCAACUCACUGCUACUGUACUGUACUUCAAUCUGCAAUUGAAGUGGCAAGCAGCCAAUUGUAAAUCAGAGACUGGCAACAAA